AUGGCUUGUGUCAGUAUCGCUAACAUCAGAAUCGCAGACCUGUCCGAGCUCUUUGACUUCCAGCCUGGCUCCAUGGAGGCUACCAUGCUUUCUCCUCAGAUGAUGACUGGCAACUUCUUCGGCCAGGGAGUCGAGGCUGCUCCUCCGGCCACUGUCUCGCCCCAGGACCUCUUCCUUGAUGCCUCGUCUCUCGCGCCUCCUCCUUCGGCCACUUUCACUGAUUUGAGCACUCCUCCCCUGGCUACGCCUGGCAGCUUCAGCCAGAACACCUCCCCUCUUUUCACGCCUGAAAUGGAGUUGAUGACCUCUGUCGAAGACUGGGAUGCUUUGUUCCCCAUCUCGCAGGAGUCUAUGGGUCCCCCGCAUUCUCCCAUCAUCAGAGAAAGCGCCUCUCCCAUCAUCAGGCAAAGAAAGUCUCCAGCUCCAGCUUCAGGUGUCGCACCUCGCUCUAUCUCGCCUCCCACCACCCGCGUCAAGCACUCCACCGUCGCUGGUGUCACCAAGCACUCCACUGUCGCUGGGGUCAACGCUCGUCAGCGCAAGGAACUGGCACCAAUCACGUGCGACCCGAGCGAUCCGGCCGCUAUGAAGCGGGCUCGCAACACUGAAGCGGCUCGCAAGUCACGUGCUCGCAAGUUGGAGCGCCAAGAAGAGUUGGAGCGUCGCGUCGCCGAGCUCGAAGAGUCCCUCCUCCAGGCUCAGCAGAGUGAGCAGUACUGGAAGAUGAAGGCUCUCGCUAUGGAGGGUCAAUAA